CGGAUAUGCUAACCUCCACACACAAAAAGCACGAUGGUCUAGUUCACGUCGAGCGCGGGUAGUUAACAAAAACUCGUCUCCCCUUUUUCUCUUCUCGAUCAUGGUCGCUCGUUAUCACUUAGUGUACUCCAUUCGUCUGGAGUGUUCAACGGCCAGCUAGGAACAAGGGGAGCUGUCCACAGGUCGACUUGAAAACUGCAUAGGACCCAAAUAUUCGUCGCAAUGGUCAAAGCCAGCGAAGUUGUGUUUUACCUUCUCCAUCCCCAGCAAUUGCGCUCCAUCAUUCAAUGGAAAGUCUGGCACAAUGCUGUCCACGAACGAGAUGAAUCCAAAGAAACUGAAGCCACCAAGCAAUGCUUCAAAUAUCUGAACCUGACCAGUCGCUCCUUCAGCGCGGUGAUUCAAGAGCUACACCCAGAGCUUUUGCUUCCCGUCACACUGUUCUACCUUGUUCUGCGCGGCUUGGACACCAUCGAAGAUGAUACCUCGAUCCCCGUAAAGAAGAAGGAGCCAGUCCUGCGCAACUUCGACGAGGUUCUUGACAUUGAUGGAUGGACAUACACUGAAAACAGGCCAGAAGAGAAGGAUCGCGAACUGCUGCUCAAUUAUGGAUGUGUUAUUGAAGAGUUCAAAAAGACAAAACCGGCCUACCAAGUUAUCAUCAAGGAUAUCGCAAAGAGGAUGGGCAAUGGAAUGGCCGACUACUGCGUGAAAUCCGAGAACAACCAGUUUGCCGUCAUCACCUGCGCCGAAUACGACCAAUACUGUUACUAUGUGGCGGGAUUAGUUGGUGAGGGACUGACGAGAAUGUUUGUGGAGAGCAAGUUCGGGAACCCGGUUCUGCUAGACAGACCCAACCUUCACAACUCAAUGGGGAUUUUCCUGCAAAAGACCAAUAUCAUCCGAGAUGUGCGAGAGGAUUUCGACGACCACAGGAUAUUCUGGCCGAAGGAGAUCUGGUCCAAACACGUCGACCAGUUUGAAGAUCUCUUCAAGCCCGAGUACAAGGAGCAGGCACUAAAUUGCAGUGCGGAGAUGGUGUUGAAUGCGCUCAACCAUGCUGAUGAAUGUCUUUUCUACAUGGCAGGGCUUAGGGAGCAGAGCGUCUUCAACUUUUGCGCGAUCCCGCAGACCAUGGCGAUUGCGACGUUGGAUCUCUGCUUCAGGAACUACCCCAUGUUUCUCCGCAACGUUAAAAUCACAAAGGGUGAAGCUUGUCAGAUCAUGAUCGAAUCGACGCAAAACCUCCAGGUGGCGUGCGAAGUGUUUCGCCGACACAUCCAUUCCAUCCGCAAGAAAAAUCGGCCGCAGGACCCCAACUUUUUGAAAAUCAGUAUUGCAUGUGGCAAGGUGGAGCAGUUCAUCGAGUCAAUAUUCCCGUCCCAGAAGGUGGAGGAUAUUAUGGCCAAGAACAAGGCCGACGAGGCUCGUGCGGCCCUGGCUCAGAAGGAAAAGGAAGCAGCGGAUUCGAGGGGAUCAAAGGAGACGCUUGCGCUGUUCGGCGCUGUGGUCCUGAUGCUGCUCUUCAUUACUGCUACUAUGGUUGCGGUUGCGUGGUUUGCGGGAGCCCGAUUCGACGUGGCCUUUGAAGAAGUGAAGAAGUCCUGGGGACAAAUCUUGAGUGGAGACGUCUUCAAGGGACCGCAAAAUGCUACUUCGACCGACACCGUCAGUCAUGGUGAACUAUGAUUGUCUGUCGUUCCUUGUUAUUCUGCGGUGCUCGGCAGAGGGUGUGGAUUCUUGCCAAUAGCACAUAUGUAUCUGCCCGCGGGUAUUGGCGGCAUUGCAAGUUUAGUUUUGAGAAAAAUGUCAUGUCGCAAAGCAUGUUGAGCUCACGCGAUCCGACACAGGGUUUUUGUUUUUGUGGGAGGGAAUACCUCGACAGCACGGAUGUCAAAUUGCAACUCAGCCGCUCUCAUUGACUGUUGUUGUGCCGAAGAUGUGCUAAAAUUGAUUGCUCGAAACUGACAAUUGACAGGCCCGAGAAGACAUUCUCUGAGGACUCUUGUUACCUUUGAGCGGACAUUCUUUCUCUACUCGUCAACUCUCACAAAGUCCACCCCGUGGUGCAACGCAGUGGCUGUAAAAAGGCUGCCUCAGAGGAUGGUUGAGAGUCGAUGACGUCGUCUGUCGUUUGGCGUGGUUGAAGGACUAACCGCAAAAGGAGGAGAAAGCUGCCACUAUUACCAAUGGGCAACAGCAAUGGCUUCUUACUAGGCCCUAGGUUGUUGGUGCUUGUGCCUGUGCCAAUGUCUGUGUGGUGCCUGUGGGCUUGCUCUGAGAGGUGGACACGUACUCCUCGGCCACCCCUAAGCUAGAACCCCAGGUACCUGAUGGGCGGGAGGGCCGCUGGGUGCCACCACGGAGGCCCAGAGAAGCCCGACCGACGUCAUGCAACUAAGGAGAAUUCCCCCC